CGCUUAAAAAAAUUCGGCGACUCGCCUCGCAAGGCAAACUGCAUUUUAUUUAUUGAAUUUAUGUGAAAAAAAAUAGUUUUGAUUAAACAGUGAGUUUAGCUUUAAGUGAAAAAUGAGUGGCCCUAACGGCAUGCUAUACGGAGGCGAUGAGAUAGGGGCACUUGUCUUCGAUCCUGGGCAUCACUCGUUGAGGGUUGGAUAUGCUCAGGAGGAUACUCCCAAAGCUGAUAUACCGGCGGUGAUAGGGGUGGGUCCUGCUACACAUAUACCGGAAACUGAGGAGAAGGUUCCAGAUGGGAAUGUAACACAAACCUCAACCAAAAAGGAUGAGCUCAGAUACUACAUUGAUGUCACAGAACUGCAUGUUCCACGCCCCAACAUGGAAGUACAGACAUACAUGAAAGAUGGGCAAGUUGACAACUGGGACCUGUUUGAGAAGAUGCUGGACUAUUGUUACUCUAAGGUCAUUAGAUCUCCAUCGGAACACCACCCAGCUCUCUUCACCGAAGCAGUUUGGACAACCAGGCCCGCAAGAGAAAAGCUCGCAGAACUGCUCUUCGAGAAAUACCAGGCACCUGCGUUCUUCCUUGUAAAGAAUGCAGUAUUAGCAGCCUUCGCUAAUGGGAAGUCCACAGCUUUGGUUGUCGACGCUGGUGCUAGCCAGACCUCUGCAGUUCCUGUUAUAGAUGGAUAUGCCUUAGUAAGCGCCGCUGUGCGGUCCCCAGUGGGCGGUGACCACUUGGUGGCACAAGCGAAGCACAUGGUCACCAAUGCUCACAUACAAAUGUUACCCAUUUAUAGUAUAGCAAGCAAAGAAGUAAUCCGUGAAAGGGAGCGUGCCAGAUAUACGCUGAAAACGCUACCCGCCGGUCUGACGAACACGUGGCAACAGUACAUGCUGAAGAGGCAGUAUGAGGACUUUGUGCACUGCGUGGCACAGGUAUCAGAGUCGGUAUAUGACGAACGCACCGCGGCGUCGGUUCCCGCGGCACACUAUGAAUUCCCUGGGGGCUAUCACCAGGACUUCGGUCCCGAGCGCUUCAAGCUGACCGAGUGCCUCUUCGAACAGAGCCUGGGUGCACCACAUUUAGUAUGCGCGGCCGCGGCCGCCUGCGAUGCGGACGCCAGGGCGGCGCUGUGGGGAGCCGUGGUCGCGUGCGGCGGCGGCGCGUGUACUGGCGGCUGGCUUGAACGGCUGAGCAAGGAGUUGAGCAGCCGGGCGCCGUCCGCCCACCGGCUCAAGACGAGUGCCCCGCCCGCCCAUCAUGAGAGACGAUUCGCCGCGUGGAUCGGAGGUUCAAUACUCGCUUCGAUCGGCUCGUUCCAGCAGAUGUGGAUCUCCUCCCAGGAGUACGACGAGGGGGGAAAGGGGCAACUGGAGAGGAAGUGCCCCUAGGAUUAAUUGUGUUCAAAGUGUUCAAAGCGAAGACAUUGGAUAUAGAGAGAUGUCACCGCCAGUUCCGCGUUUAUUGUUUGAAUUUCAUUUUUACCAAUGUUAGCAAUGAAGUGAAGAAACAGAGAUUUUUUUAGCGUUUCACCCGGUGGUAAGCGUUGAUGCAGUCUAAGAUGGUAGCGGGCUAACCUGUUGGAAGUAUGUAGUAUGUAUGUAUUUGUAUCAAAACCAUAUAAUCCUAAUCAGUUUCUAACUGGCAUCGUACUGGAAUGCUUAAUCGCUUGAAGGUACGUAUUUGUUGUAGGGUUCUAGCUCAAAGUCUGCUUCAUACCAGAGAAAGUUCAGAAACUGAAUUCCCGAAUUUUCUCAAAUUGCCCGUUGAUACCUCCACUCAUAAGACUGCCGCGUUCAUUACUACGCCAGUGUCUUAAAAAUAGAGGCCUGUCCUUUAUCCACAGUGCAAAUGGCUGUGUUAAUCUCAAACCAUCCAAUUCAGUUUAGAUUAGAGAUUUGUGUACAACUAAAUUGACCAAUGUCUUCGUUUUGCGUAUUCUAUGUAAUUUUAAUGAAUUUAAGAAUUAAAUUGUAUUAUUUUAUUGUAUUUCGUAUGUGUAUACUAAUGAAUAUAUAAGUAACUACUUAAUUUUAAGUAAUUA